ACUCCAAAGAAAGAAAAUUCCCAGAAACCGACAAGUCCCCGCUGCCACGUCACCAACAUCCCAAACCCCUCUCUCUUAUUAAUACCCUCGAAGCCUCUCAAACACUCUUCGCUUUGAUCAAACAUUGUUUCCACACAGAGCUGCGCAAAAUUCCGAAAAUGCCCAUGGACCGAGUCCAACCCACCACGAGUCCAGACCAGAAAUCUCCGGCGGUUCUCUCCAUCGAGUGCCUAAAAGGCACUUCCACAGCCGACGAGUGGACCGGCGAUUUUCUCCAGACCGGCGACAUAGUCGAGGAGCUCCGAAUCGGGAACUCGGGUCGGUUCAAAUCGCCGUUCAAGAACGGAAAAAGUGGGGUCCAGAAGGUUCUGCACGAGUCGUUCAAGAAGAAAGAGACUUCGAUUCUGGUCCGAGUUCGGAGAGGCGUGGACGAGUUCGCCGAGUUGCAAGCUUGUAUUGUGCCUAACGACUCGCAGAAGAAGCAGUACAUGCUUAGGUCCAUCGCUGACCCGAAUUACGCUGUCGGGUUCUUGGAUCGGUCCGAGUCCGAUUGCCUUCAGCUCCAAGCUUCAAGGAGUGACAGGAUGGUAAAUGAACUAUCCAGGACUCGGCUUCAAGAUGGAUAUGUUUCAUAUCGGUGGGAGAAGAGGAUGCAGGAGUUUCUGUCAGUUCCCUUUUCCAGCUGCUUUCUCUCCAUACUUCUCCUUCCUAAAGCUUCAGAUCAAGGCACUUCUCACUACAAUGACUUGGAAGACACGCUUGCUAGGGCAAAUGCAUGGCUCAAUGCAUCUCAGGCCUCUGGAGUUCCAAUAGUCUUCAUGAACGUGCAGACUGAGUCACUGCUUACAAAGAUCUCUGGAAAAACAGCUUCUUCCACAGUGAAUGCAGGGUCCUUGUCUGAUUUGUCUAAUCUUGCAAAUGCAAGCCUAUAUGGUUUUGAGGAUUACCACGGGGUAGACAUUGGUGUUGUUAGAGCAGUUCGUCUCUGGUAUGCUUGUCUUGGAGGAGAGUUUGCAAUUGAAAUCAAGCUAAGAGAAGACGACACAAAGCUUGGAUUCGCUAUUAGCCGGACAGAAGAGGGAUUUAUUUUCAUCUCAUCAGUUAUUGAUGAUGAUGAAAAUGCACCUUCAACCCGGUCAGGGCUACGCAAUUUGUAUAAAGAAGCUACAAACUCAUCUAUGCUGCUGGUGGUCUCAAGAGUUGCCAAUCAGAAGGUCCUACCAUGGAUAGUUUCAUCAACGGGAGCAAUUCGAUGCUUUGACACUGUUUCACUCAGCCAGAAGCUCUCAUUGCACCGGCAUGCCAAGGUUCCAAUUACCAUUCAUGUGUUGUUGUGGGAUAGAGCAUUGGCUGUACCAAGUGGUGCCAACAGGUCUAGAGCUGCUACCCCUUCUGUUAUGCAAUUACCACCUGAAGUUCAAUUGUCACGCCUUCCUGAUGAGAAUCAAAUACAGCUUCUGCCACCUGAAGUUCCUUGUGGUAGUAGUAGAGUUGUUGGUGAUCAUGGACCAGAAAUAAGGCUUGAGCGAGACACGGCUGGGGAAUCCUCCUUUAGAUUCCAUGAUUUUGCACUUGCAAGCAAUUGGGUAUGACUCUGGUUUUUCAGUUAAGGUGCUUUCUUUUGUUAAUGGUUGUAAAUAGAGAAGUUUCAAAAUUAGGCAUGUAAUGUGUUAGAAAUUGCUUGACUUAGAAAAUCAAGAAUAGAAAGUAUAGAACCAGAAACAACACGACAAAACUACAAAAUCAGAAUAUGUAAUUGUAAGUCAUGGCCUUCCUAUGAGGAUGAGGGUGCGUGUAUGUGAGAAAACUAUGUGAUUAUAGUUAAGUGGAAAUUUUUAUUUUCUUUUGCUUGUU